AAUAUCAACUAAAAAAAUAUUUUACCGACGAAAACCAUUAUGCCUUCAGUUACCCUCCAGAAACCUGAGGAUAAGGCAAUGAUAAAGAAGGCCCUGUCCGGAGAUAAAAUUUUGACCGCGACAGUUGCCCGACUUUAUGUUGCGUAUCCUGAUCCAAAUGCUUGGACAUAUACUAAAAUUAUGGGAGCAGUUGGUUUUGUUAGGGAUAAUUCAAAGAAUUCGUUUUUUUUCAAAGUCGUUGACUUACUUGGAGAACGUGGUAUAAUAUGGGAACAAGAACUCUAUAAAGAUUUCCAAUAUACUGAGGAAACUCCAUUUUUUCAUACUUUUGCUCUCGAUGAAUCUCUUGCCGCUUUUUCUUUCGCUAAUGAACAAGAAGCCAAAAGCUUUUACAAAAGAGUUAUUAAUAGAGAAAAACUUCCUUCAAAAUCCAAGAAAUCUCAAAAAGAAAAUAAAAAUGGUGGUGGAUUCUUUGGUGGAAAAAAGAAGAAAAAGAAACCUAAAAUCGAUAAAUCAGAUAUCGGGGCACCUACAGAAUUUAGACAUCUCGGACACAUUGGAUGGGAUGAACAGAAAGGGUUUGAUGUUCAAAACAUCAAUCCUGAAUGGAAAAACGUGAUUGAUCAAUUAGGAGAAUAUGGUGUUAGCAAGGAAGACAUAGCACAAAACUUUGAUUUCAUUAAUAAAUUUCUUGAAACAAAUAAUACAAAUAAUAAGAAAGAAACUCGUAAACAAGCUAAGAAAGGACCCCCGCCGCAACCAACAAGACGUGCUGCACCACCACCUCCUAAAAAGAAAUCGCCACCACCACCGCCUGCUCGUAGACCAGUUACAGGGCCUACUACUCCAAUUCGUGAUUCACUUCAGCCCCCAUCUCCUGCGAAAGUUAAUUAUGUUUCUCCACCAGCUUCACCAUCUUUUUCGCCUAAAAUAUCUCCUACUCCUACUCCACAUCCACCUCCACCUCCACCUCCUCCAACUAGUGCUCCUUCACCUCCACCUAUUCCACCUACUAUUCCCUCACGUUCCACUCCUCAACAACCUGUAACUGUACCUCCACCUCCACCUCCUGUUCGUCCGCCUACUUUUAACAAUACUCCCCCACCAAUUCCACCUGCGAGAGUAACUAAUUCAAGUCCGGUGCCUCCACCGCUUCCACCAACUCGUGUAGCUCCUCAACCUGCACCACCUUCAACCGGGGGGGUACCGCCUCCCCCACCUCCUCCUCCAACAGGAGGACCUCCACCACCGCCUCCACCACCUCCUCCUCCAACAGGAGGACCACCACCGCCUCCUCCUCCUCCUCCGGCAGGAGGACCACCACCACCACCACCACAGCCACCAACAACAACUCUUUCACGUGAAGCUCCUCAACCAGAUUCUAGGGUUAACUUAAUGGAAGCUAUUCGUAGUAGGGGUGGAUUUAGUGGUGGUGGUUUGAAAACUGUUGGUGAACCUGUUCGUCAAUCAACUUUCACAGAAGAACCUUCAAGUCCAAGCGGAAAUGACACUAAUUUGGCAAAAACUUUAGCUGAUGCGUUAAAGAAACUCAAUAAAGAUAUGGGAAGUGAUGAAUCCGAUGCUGACGACGAUGAUGAAUGGGAUACGGAGUAAAAUUAUUGAAUUAUUGUCUAAAUCAUUUAUUUUUUAUCCAUAAUAAAAUGUUAUCAUCAAUAAUUAAUUGUAAUUUUGAAUCACACAUUAAAACGUUGUUUUUUUAGAGCGUUUUUAAGUAGAUAAACUAAUUUAAAUAUCGUUAACUAUAUAUGUAAAAAAACUUAGAGAUAUUAAAAGAAAAUACAUUAACA